CUGGAAAUAAGUUGUCAGCAUCAUCCGCCAUUUUCUGACAGCAGACUGUUUCUGUGUUCGGUUGUUGCGCAGUUGUAUUCAGACUUCAGUAAAUAUCAGGAUAGUUUACAGAUAAUUAAAAUCUUUCCAGCCAUGGACACGACUGUCUCGACCGCGAGUUUUGCUCUGCUUUGUGUUUUUCUUCUCUGUGAGCCCUCACUUCAAACAGAGAAACACUCGCUGUAUUACAUUUACACGGCGUUGUCUAAACCUGUCAAGCUGCCGGGUAUCUAUCAGUUCACUGCUAUGGGUCUGCUAGAUGACAGAGAGAUCGACUAUUACAACAGUGAAGGACAGAAAAAGAUUCCCAAACAGGACUGGAUGAGGGAGAAAAUGCAGGAGGAUUACUGGGAGAAAGGCACCCAGUCCAGAAAGAGCAAAGAACAGUGGUUUAAUGUGAACGUCGAAAUUCUGAUAAAACGCAUGAGACACAAUGAGUCAGAUGUUCAUGUUCUUCAGUGGAGACAUGGUUGUGAAAUUGAGAAACAGGGAGAUGAAGUGAAGUUUUCCAAAGGCAUUGAUGAGUACAGCUAUGAUGGGGCUAACUUCCUGUCUUUUGAUGAUAAGGAGUCUCAGUGGGUCGCCCCUGUUGAUGCAGCUCUUCCAACCAAGAGGAAGUGGGAUAAUGUGCCCAUCCUAAACCAGUACACCAAGGGCUACCUGGAGAAAGAGUGUGUGGACUGGCUUAACAAAUUCAGAGACUAUGGAGAUGAGGUGCUCAAAAAGGGCUCUUCUCCCGAAGUUCAUGUGUUUGCAAAAAGGUGCACCAGUGACAAAACCAAGCUGACACUCACUUGUUUUGCCACUGGCUUUUACCCCAAAGAUGUGAUAUUGAGCAUAAGGAAAUAUCGCUCACCCCUGCCUGAAGAUGAGAUAAAAUCCUCUGGAAUCAGACCAAACCAUGAUGAGACCUUCCAGCUGAAGAAGAGUGUGAUUAUCCAGGAGGAUGAAAAAGCAGAAUAUGAUUGUUUUGUGUCUCACAGAACCCUCAAAGAGCCAGUUGUCAUUAAAUGGGAUGGAAAAUGCCAGAACUGCACUCAAGAGAAUAUGAUGAGUUUGGUGAUUGGAAUGGUGAUUGGAGUCAUCACUGUGCUGGCAGUCGGCGGAUUGGUUUUCUUCUUAGAGAGGAAGAGAAACUUUGGUGAGUAUGGACUGAAUAAUGAUAAGCCAUACUUUCUUAUUAUCAGUUUUGUGUUUUCAAAGGAACAGUUUUAACCCAAGAAUUUUUUUUUAUUAUUAUACAAUCAUGGUGUAGUUAUUAUAAAAUGCUUUUGAUUUCCACUGAACAAGCAUAUAGCAUACAGAUUAA